AUGGCUGUCCGCGCUCAAUUCGAGAACUCUAAUGAAGUCGGUGUCUUUUCACGCCUGACAAACUCAUAUGCCCUCGUGGCUAUCGGAGCUUCGGAAAACUUUUACAGUGUAUUCGAAGCCGAACUCCAAGACGUCAUCCCCAUCUGCCAUGCUACCAUCGCCGGAACGCAUAUCAUCGGUCGUUUAACUGCAGGAAACCGCAAAGGACUCCUCGUCCCCACAACAACAACAGACCAAGAAUUGCAACAUUUGCGAAACACGCUGCCAGAUACGGUAAAGAUUCAACGUAUAGAGGAGCGCCUGUCGGCUCUUGGAAAUGUCAUUUGCUGCAACGACCAUGUUGCGCUGAUUCAUCCGGAUCUUGAGCGUGAGACGGAGGAGAUAAUCGCCGACGUUCUCGGCGUCGAAGUCUUCCGCCAAACAGUCGCCGACAACGUCCUCACAGGCUCGUACAUGGCCCUCUCCAACCAGGGCGGCAUCGUCCACCCCAAGACCUCCAUCCGUGACCAGGACGAGCUCUCCUCGCUCCUGCAGGUUCCUCUUGUCGCGGGCUCCGUCAACCGCGGUAGCCCCGUCGUCGGCGCCGGCAUGGUCGUCAACGACUGGCUUGCUGUGACGGGGUUGGAUACGACGGCGACGGAACUGAGUGUUAUCGAGAGUGUGUUUAGGCUUGGCGAGAUGGGGCCCCGUGGUGUUGGACAGGGAGGCGCGAACAAGGAGAGUAUCGUAGAGAGUUUUUACUAG